GUGAUGUAUAUGUGGAUCAAGUGCAGAUUGUUUGCCAUUGUCGCAAGUUGUUUGCUUUAAAACCUGAAACACACGGAAACGUCUGGGUCUGGGAGUUUCCGCGUUUCGGAAAUGUUCGAACGUUUCCGAGCGUACGAAACGCCAAAAACGCGUAUACUGGGCCGUUUCUUAAUAUAGAGAAGUUUGGAAAUGCGUUUCUUAGUUCCGAUUAAAAAAAGGCCGGCUAAACAGCGGAAAUCAAAUCUUUCUUUCAUCGUUCCGGGUCUUCGCUCUUCAACCCUACGGCCUACGCACAAUAGUCAUCGUCCCAGGCUUCAGCAGCGGUCGCCAGCUUCUCCAGAGGUCGUCCCCUGCAGCGGUCAUUGUUCCUUCGUUCGCCGACUUCUCCAGCGCACAGGUCAUCAAUUCAGUGAUGGAGGACAGUGUUAAUAAUACAACACAAUUUAAAGAGGAUGUAAGUAGUCAUUUGUGGCAAUUUGUUAAAAGACUCCAAAAAACUGGUGAUGGAGGUGGCAAUGUGAAAUGGAUCUGUAACUUUUGUGGUAGCCAAAAACAGGGGACAUACACCAGAGUGAGAGCUCAUUUACUCAAACUUCCUUCAAAAGGAAUUGCUGUAUGUCCAAAGGUUGGGUUGGAGAGUAUUUUUGAAAUGAAAAGGCUUGAAGAAGAUGCUGCAAAGCAAAUUGCCGGUUCACAACCUAAGCGAGUAUCCUUGCCUACUAGUAGCACGCAAAGCAGCUCAACCUAUUUAUCGAUAAAUGAACCAAGUCAUUUAGAGAUGUUGAAAAAAAGAAGAGUCGAUGACUCGCCCAUUUCCAAAGCUUUUGAUUGGCAAACUAGGAAUCAGCUAGAUGAAGAGAUUGCAAGGAUGUUCUUCACCGGAGGUAUUCCGUUCAAUUUUGCAAGAAACCCAUAUUAUAUUAGCUGAUAUACUUUUGCUACUAAUCAUAAUUUGGAUGGAUAUAUACCUCCCGGUUAUAAUAAGUUGAAAACUACAUUACUUCAACGGGAGAAAGCACACGUGGAGAUGUGUUUGGAACCUAUAAAAACCACUUGGUAUGAAAAAGGUGUGACCAUAGUUAGUGACGGAUGGAGUGAUCCACAAAGGAGGCCACUAAUUAAUGUGAUGGUUGUUUGUGAAGCUGACCCAAUGUUUAUCAAAGCUGUCGAUUGUUCAGGGGAGGUAAAGGAUAAGCAUUUCAUUGUUAAUAUAUUGAUAGAUGUUAUUAAUGAGAUUGGUGAUCACAAAGUCAUUCAAGUAAUCACCGAUAAUGCCAGAAAUUAUUGAAGGUCUAUUUCCGCAUAUUUAUUGGACUUCUUGUGUUGUUCACACUCUUAACAAAUGCAGAAACGUAUGAAGAGUGUCAUUGGAUCACAGAAGUUCAUGGAGAUGCGGUGCACAUAAAAAUUUCUUAAUGAAUCAUUCCAUGAGGUUUUCUAUGUUCUGCCGAUUUAGCACAUUGAAGUUGCUUUCAGUUGCUGAUACUCGCUUUGCUUCUAUUAUUGUCAUGCUUAAGAGGUUUAAACUUUUGAGACGUGCUUUAAAAGCAAUGGUUUUGAGUGAGGAAUGGGAAGAAUAUCGAGAUGAUGAUCAAGGAAAGGUUAAAUUUGUGCGAGAAAAGAUUUUAGAUGAAGGUUGGUGGGAGAAGGUUGAUUACAUAUUGCAGUUCACUGGUCCUAUCUAUGAUAUGAUUAGAAUUUGUGAUAAUGACAAACCAUGCCUCCAUUUGGUUUACGAGAUGUGGGACUCGAUGAUUGAAAAGGUAUUAUAGUGAUAAAUGGAUCCAGGAAGGAGUUGGGAGAUCGCCUCCACAUAUGGAUAAUGAACUUUCUUUAGAGAGAAAUAAGUGUUUUAGGCGAUUUUUUCCUUCUGAAGAGCGUGUUAAGGCUGUUGAUGAAUAUGCUAAUUUCUCUUUGAAGAUUGGUCCGUUUAGCAACCCAGAUCGUAUUGCUGCUAUGUGUGAUACGGAUCCUAGAAAGUGGUGGGCAGUGUAUGGAUCAGGUGCACAAUUACUCCAAAAAUUGGCAUUUAAAGUGCUUGGGCAACCUAGCUCUUCAUCCCGUUGUGAACGAAAUUGGAGUACUUAUUCUUUUAUCCAUUCACUAAGAAUGAACAAAUUAAAUCCGAAGCGUGCAGAAGAUUUGGUGUUCAUUCACAAUAAUCUGCGCUUACUUUCAAGAAAUUCUGCCCAGUAUGAAGAUGAGAACACUAUGAUGUGGGAUGUUGGUGGGGAUCAAUUUGCAAGCUUGGAAGAUGUUGGUGUUCUUGAGUUUGCAAAUCUAUCACUAGAUGAACCUGAUCUUGAACGUGUCUUUUUUAGUGAAGAUGUUGCUCCUGUGGAAGAUGCCUCCACUACAAUUUAAUUUGUUUUUAUGGAUGUUGUGUUUAAUGUUUUGUUAUGGACUAAGAUUUCAAUACUUUUAUGGACUAAGAUUAUGGAUGUUGUGUUUAAUGUUUUGUUAUGGACCAAGAUUUCAAUACUUUUAUGAACUAAGAUUUCAAUAAUUGUAGACUUCAAUAUGAUGAAAUAAUCUCAUGUGGCAUGUUUGUACAUAUAUAUAUGUGUGUGUGUAAAUAUAAAUAUAUAUAUAUAUACAUAUAAAAAAAUUCACAAAUAUGUAUAUAUAAUAUUUAUAAAUUAACCCAUAUAUUUUUAAUAUUUCCGCGUUUCCCCCGCGUUUCGUGUCCCGUAUUUUUGGAAAAUGGCAUUUCCUACGUUUCCCGUUUCCCGUUUCCUGUUUCCGUGCUACUUAGUUUAAAACUGAUUGAAAAAACUAAAUAUCAGUUUAUAUUGCAACUGCAAAAUUGUUUAAAACUGAAAUUCACUUUUGAUUUGAAUCAGUUUGUUUGCUUUUGGUGAUUUAAAAUAAAACUAUGUCGAUCAGUUUGCUUUUCAGAAUCUGAAAAACAUUUGUUUUGUUUUGGAUCUGCCAAUUUUCCAAAUUGUACAGUAUUAUUUAUAUAUACAAUCUACAAUUUUUUUAUUUAUGAAAAUUUGCAAGCCAUGAGUUUGUUUUAGGAACAACCACGUUAGUUGUCAGUUGUUGUUCUUACUUUAUUCUAGUGCAAACUGGAAUCACUCAAAUCGGAUAGUACAACGUAUUACUACUGCAAAUUAGAAACUUUGUUUAUGAACUUAUAUGCAGUUGGAAGUGGGUGGUUGUAAGAUUAACAACACGGUUUCAAUAUUAUUCCAUAUUCAAAGUUAUAGUAUGGAUUAUUAACUAAUUAUCUUGGUGUCAAAUUCAAUGACCGGCCCAACGGAAGAUUAAUGAUUUUGACUAUCUUAAACAAUUAUAUGAGUUUUCUUUUAACGAAGUCAAAGGUGUGUUAUUCGAUAAUGUUGGAGAUAUUUUAAUUGUGAAUCAAGUUUGUCAUAGAUUAGCUUUAUUAUUAUUCCUUGUAUUAAAUUAGUGCAUGUAUUAGAUAAAAUAUGGGCCAAGUGUUAGGCCCAUACAAACAGGCUAAAAGCCUUUUACGCCUAACCUAAACCUCGCCUAUAAAAAGGGAGUCGAGGGUUUAGGAUUAGGUUAACGUCGUACUUAUUCACUAUAGCCUUACGCGCAUAUCUUUCUGUGUACGAGUUCACGGUCUAUCAAAGAGGGUUUUACAUUGAUUCAAUAUGUGUUCAUCUUUACGUUUAAUCUUCUUUGUUAGACUGAUUAUCAUUGCUGUUACAGAAACAGGGACUAUCAAUUGGUAUCAGAGCCGAUCAGAAGAACGCCUGCAGAAGACUGUUUUUUUUACGCUAUUCUUUUUGUCGAUAUUUCACUCUGUAAUCUUGUUUCUUGUUCAAAAGUUGUAAAAGUUACACCCUUAGAAUCAUCGUUUAAAAGCGAUCAAGGGGUAUACUUCAGAUUUCGUUUUACGCAUAUUUUGUACUUGAGAUAUUUCGAGUAGCCUUUGUCAACAUCUAGGUUUUAAGCAGGUUCUGC